AUGACCGUCCAGGACUUUGAGGCCGUUCUCAAGGCCAAAUACCCCGCCAAGGCGCACGCCAAACGCGUCGUCGACCUCAUCCGCAAAACCAAGCCUGAUACCAACGGCGUCAUCUACCUCGAGGCUCGCAACACCAAGCUGCUGGAAGACAGUGACUCUCCCGAGCACUUCAGGCAACGCCGUUACUUCUACUACCUCACCGGCUGUAAUCUUGCCGACUGUUCCUUUGCCUACGACAUGCAGACUUCCAGAUCGAUCCUCUUCAUCCCUCCCGUCGACCCUGAGGAUGUCAUUUGGUCCGGUCUCCCCGUCAGCAUUGACCAAGCCCUGAGCCGCUACGAUGUCGACGAGGUCAAGUUCACCACCGACGUUAACGCCACCCUCACCCACCUCGCCAAACAGGGUCCCAGCUCGACCGUCUUUGCCAUCGCCAAUCAGGUCUCCGACAACGUCACCUUCCUUGCAUUCGGAAGCAACGACUUUGACACUGUCAAAAAGGCCAUUGAAACCUCCAGAGUUGUCAAGGAUGAGUUCGAGGUGGCCAUGAUCCAAAAGGCCAACCACAUUUCUAGCAUAGCUCACAAGGCCGUCAUUGAGCGUUCCAAGACUGCUGCCACUGAGCAGGAGCUUUACGCCACCUUUUUGGAGCGAUGUGUAUCCCAUGCUGCUCCCGAAAUGGCCUAUCAUCCCAUCUUGGCCGCCGGAAAAGCAGCUGCUACUUUGCACUAUGUCGACAAUAAUGCCCCCCUGAGUGGCAAGCAGAACUUGUUGAUUGAUGCUGGAUGCGAGUGGAACAACUAUGCCUCUGAUAUCACGCGAACCUUCCCCCUGACUGGCAAGUUCACCAAAGAGUCGAGGAACAUUUACGACAUCGUUCUUAGAAUGCAGAAGGAGUGCAUCGAGCUCAUCAAGGGCGGCAUGCUCUGGGAUGACCUUCACCUGCACGCCCACAAGGUUGCAAUUGAUGGACUGUUAGCCCUCGGCAUUCUCAAGGGUGACGCCAGGGAGAUUCUUGACGCCCGAACAAGUGCCGCCUUCUUCCCCCACGGUCUGGGGCACCACCUGGGCAUGGACACGCACGACACGGGCGGCAACCCCAACCCCAACGACAAGGACAAGUUGUUCCGCUACCUGAGAUUGCGCGGCCACGUGCCUGCUGGAGCCGUCGUCACCGUUGAACCUGGUAUUUACUUUUGUGACUUCAUCAUCAAGCCAUAUCUUGAUGACCCCAUCCACAACAAGUUCAUCGAUGCUGCUGUACUCGACAGGUACUGGGACGUGGGUGGUGUCCGAAUCGAGGACAACAUCCACGUCAGGGAAAAUGGCCAUGUGAACUUGACCACGGCCAUCAAGGAAGUGAGCGAGGUUGAAGCUGUGUCAGCUAAAUAA